CAGCGGCUGUAGCGGUUGUGGUCGGCGUUGUCUGGAUUUCGUUUUGCUGCAUUGGGUAUGGCUUCUUAGCUUUCGACACGGUCCUUCGUCUGUCGCGAACUUCUUCAUCACCUGUCUUCAUACCACCCCCAAACCACCUCACUUGAUUUUCAUGAGAAGGAGGGCAAAGGGGGGUUGGUUGGUUUCGCUUUUCGGAUAAAGGAUUGGUUUGGGCUACAACAUAAAUGCUGAUCCGAUUACCAUCCAGCCUUCACUACCCGAUCACCGUGACGUCGCUGCUCAAACAGCCCGGCGAUACGGUGGAAAGGGAGGAUGCGCUGUUUUGGUAUAUCUACCAGACCACCGUCACCGAGGGUGACGGGCUGGGAAACAAGGUGGAGGUGAAGCGCAAGUUUCCCGUCAAGUUUGAGUCGCCCGCGGAUGGCGAGCUGGUUCAGUGGAAGAUUGCGAAAGGGGAUGUUAUCGAUGAACCGGUCGAUUUUAUGGAAAUCGAUGAGCCAUGCGCUCAUGAAGUUCAAUUUGGGGGGCUUUGCGCGGAGUGUGGUAAAGAUAUGACUGCGUCGACGUAUAAUACGGAUGUGAUGGAUGCCAUGCGCGCGACGAUCCCGGUGACUCACGAAAACACUGGCUUGACUGUGAGCGAGAGAGAGGCGAUGCGCGUAGAAGAGGACGCGAAGCGCCGCUUGCUCUUGAACCGGAAACUGUCUCUUGUGGUCGAUCUGGACCAGACGAUCAUCCACGCGACCGUUGACCCUACGGUGGGGGAGUGGAUGAAUGAUAAGGACAAUCCGAAUCAUGAGGCAUUAAGCGAUGUUCGCGUGUUUCAGCUGCUUGAAUAUAACCCCCAAGUUAACCCCCAAGUUCGCAAAAUAUCGUACUACGUCAAGUUGCGGCCGGGGCUGGAGACAUUCCUGCAGAGCAUCUCGGAGAUGUUUGAAUUGCAUAUUUACACCAUGGGUACUCGGUCCUAUGCUCAACAUAUUGCUAGUAUCAUUGAUCCUGAUCGCAAGCUCUUCGGCGAUCGGAUUCUCAGUCGAGACGAGAGCGGCAGUUUGACGGCCAAGAAUCUGCAUCGCUUGUUCCCUGUGGAUACGAAGAUGGUCGUCAUCAUCGACGACCGCGGAGAUGUGUGGCGCUGGAGCCCCAAUCUCAUCAAGGUAGUGCCGUACGACUUCUUCGUCGGCAUUGGAGAUAUCAACUCCAGCUUCUUGCCCAAAAAGCAGGAACUGGUCCCUCCAAGCAAACCAGGCGAGAGGUCUGCGGCAAAGGCAGCAAAGGACUUGCCCCGAGAACGCCAUGUCAAUGGGGCCACAAUCAAACCAGGCGACCAGCCGGAGAUGUCAACCUUGGAGCAGCUAGUGACGAUGGGUGGAGGAGAUGACCCCCGUCUAUUGCAGGAACAGAGUGAUGCACAAAACGAGACGAUUAUGCAUCAGGUAGAAGACCGACCGUUGUUACAGAAGCAAAAGGAAUUGGAUGCGGAGGAAGACGCCGCUGAGAGCAGUGAUUCGUCGAGUAACAUGGACGACUCACCAGAAGCCAGCAAGCACCGGCACCUUCUUCUGGAGGAUAAUGACCGAGAAUUGUUCGAUCUGGAAGUUCGUCUCGAGCAAGUCCACCGUAACUUCUUCGACGAGUAUGAUCGGCGAAGAUCGCGGGCGUUGGGAGGACGGGUUGCCGCGCUGCGCGGUGAGAAGACCCCUUCGAAGGAGAAGGACGUCGACUUGAAGCUGGUUCCCGACGUCAAGGACAUCAUGCCGGACAUCAAACGUCGAAUUCUGAGCGGCGUUAACCUGGUCUUCACCGGUGUACUUCCUCUAGGUACAGACACCCAGAACGCGGACAUUUCCCUUUGGUCCAAGACUUUCGGCGCGUCCGUCAGCACAAGGAUCAAUUCGCGAGUCACCCAUUUGGUGGCGGGACGGAACCGCACGGCCAAGGUUCGAGCUGCCACACGCUACCCCAAGAUCAAGAUCGUCGGCACGCAUUGGCUGAGCGACUGUCUGUCGCAAUGGAAGCGACUAGACGAGACACCAUACCUCCUGCCUGUACACCCAGACGACCGUGAGGCACCGAUCCAACCAGGCGAGGAAAUGGAAAGCUCCUGGCUGUCCUCUGAGGAAGGGACGGGGAUCACCGGUACGGAGGAGGACGAGCCGGAAAUGACGGCGGAUAUCCUCAAGUCAUCUGGCCUGACAGAGCAAUCGCCCAUCGGCUAUGACGCUGACCAACAGGCAUCCAUUCACGAAGAAUUGAAAGAGUUUCUGGGCAGUGACGACGACAGCGAGAGUGACAGUGAUGCCUCCUUCAUGGAAGAAGCACCUGCAGCUCCCUCCACACCUAGCAAAAAGCGGAAGCGUCCGGAAGAUGCACAAGACGAGGAGGAUGAAGGAGAUGACAAUGACGAAACAGGGCGAGACCCCGGCGCACGUCAAAAUUCAGGGCAUGGGUCGCGGCUCUCGCAGCGGAUCCGGCGAGUGUAUGAGCGGCCGGGUACCGGACUCUCCCAGGCAGUCUCCAGUGCAGCGAACUCGGAAUCGCCUAGCAGUGAAACGGAGGAGCAGGUCGAUGCGCCUUCCGCACCGGAGCAAACGGUUACGAUGCCGGCUCCAGAAGAAGAGGACGAUGAACUCGAGCGGGAGAUGAUGGCGGCGUUCGACGACGGAGGCUUCGACGAGACGGCGGAGGAGAAGAUCGCAAAGGAGAACGGCUGAUUGUGCCGCAGCUCUAGUCAUCGUCUUGUUCUGUGGUUGGGACUGUGUUCAUACCUGUACGCUGUCGUCCUUGUUGAUAGGAGCAUUUUGAUUCCUGAUCAUGCUGGCGAGGCAUGGCGAGGCAUAGCGAGGGCGUUCUGUGCGCGAUUUACGUCUGAUAUGCGGG